AUGGAGGACCAGACAGAGUUCUUUAAUUUUGCAAAAGAUGAGUAUGAUAGGAAUGAUUCACAUGACAAGGUUAUUGGACCGAGGGUUUGUUCUUACAGUUUGUCAUUUGAUUAUAAUAAAUCAGAAGAAUGGUAUAAGGGAUCUUUAUCUUUCAAACGUGAUGGGAAACCGAUACCCGUGACAUUUGUAAAAGUUGACGGAGUUGAUGGGAUAGAUGCUGCUAGUAGGGCAGAAUUAAUUUUUCAUAGGACUUGUGAAGUUGGUGCUGAUGUGGUUUUACGGCCUCAUAAGGAUUUGUUCAUCAAGCAGAAGUAUUUUCCCAAACUGCCUGAUCACAUAGAGAUAAGGAAGGGUGUAUCGUGUGUUUGUUAUGAUCGUUUUGAACCUCUCAAAGAUUGGGCCUACAAGGUUCAGUCGAAAGAAAUUGUUCCUUAUGAUGAUCAGCUUAAAUUACCUCUCCGGACUCCUGAUGACCGUCUUCAAGACUUUUGGCGUACAUCCAUUGGGGAUCUGAUUCGUGGUGUGCGUAGCAUUCAUGCUAAGGGCUUAUUCCAUGGUGGUUUGCAUAAGCAAUCUAGUUUUGUGUUUUUUCAUGACAAGCUGAAAGUAAUAAACGUUGAGGGAUCUUUGGCUGACUUGAGUCUCAGUGAACAAGACGAAAAAAAGAAAAAAGAUUUAAUGCAACUUAGGAUGAUGUUAGAUGUCGUGUUCAAGAAAAUUUUGGGGUCUAAAUAUUCAUGGAAGGAAUGUAGUAGCGUCUUGAAGUUCUUCGACAAUGCUGAGUGUUUGGACUAUCCUGAUUGUGUCGAGAAAUUGGCAUCUCAUCCGUUCUUGUUAAGCUCUGAAGAAAGGAUGGGUAUGUUUGCUCGUUAUCGUCGUAAGUGGGGAACGGUUGCUACACAUACUGCAGUGAAAAAAGCUUUGCAAUUAUCCGAUUUUGAUAGGUUCAAAUCCUGGAACUCUACUGAAGUCCUUGGUUCCAUGGAUAAAUUUAUAAAAAAAUCUUAUGACAGUCAUUAUCGGAACUACUCUGGGGAAGUGGUAGACCUUCUCAGUUUCUUGAGGAAUUUGAAUAAUCAUUAUCACCAGUUAAAGGCUUUCUCUGUUAAUGUCGUAGAUGUGGACCGUGGUGUUCAGAAGCUGUUUCCUGGGUUUUUGGAGCUCCUGUACCAACAUUUGGAGAAAUUAUAG